AUGAGAGAGACAAGUUUGCUGGAUGUUUGUAACAUGGAUAUGGAUACCUCAAAUCCUGCAGUUUUUGUCAAUGCAGAGCUUCUGCGAUUGUAUGUUGGAAGACGGGUUCGGGCACUGAUUCAGGUUGUGCGAACUGAGGGUGGAACUGUCAUUGGAAAAUCUACUGAUGAAAACCAGCUAGUUGUAAAGGGCUCCCCACCCUUUCCUCUUACAAAAUUUGUUGAGGUCAUAGGCAUUGCUGAUGGUGAAAAAUCCAUCCAUGCUGACAUCUGGAACAACUUUGGAGAGACAAUUGGUUAUUUUGCUUGGAUUGGGAGGGAGGAGCUGAAUCUAUAUAAAUGA